AUGAGAAAAUCGUUUUUGAAGGAUAUAUUGGCAGAUGAUUUACGAGCAUCUAAGAAGAAGAAGACUGCAUCUGAUCUUAUAGAUUUACUCCGAAUGGAAUAUGGAGUUGACCUCACGUAUAGUCAGGCAUACCACGGUUUACAAUUCACCAAGAAAUUUCUUUGGGGUGAUGACAUCAAGUCUUAUUCAGAUUUUGUUUGGUAUAAAGAUGCCAUUGAACAUUACAAUCCUGGAAGCGUCGUGAAUUUUGAGUAUGAUGGUGUGACUCGUCGGUUCAAAAAGUUUUUCGUGGCCUUUGAAGCUUCUAUAACUGGUUUCAACAAUUACUGUCGUCCGAUGCUAUUUAUUGAUUGUACCUUUCUCACUGGGAAGUUCAAAAGUGGUCUUAUGGUUGCUUGCGGCAAAACUGGUAACCAAGGGAUCUAUCCAAUUUUAUUUAGAAUUGUUGAAAGUGAAAAUUGUGAUAGUUGGGAAUGGUUCUUAACCAAUUUGAAGGGCAUUAUUCGUGAAGAUCGUCCACUGACCAUCAUAUCAGAUCGUGGAAUUGGCCUUUUGAAGCAUGUGCAUGUAGUCUUCCCAAAGGCUUUUCAUUCCUACUGUUUGUACCAUAUAAAAGGAAAUAUUCCUGUUCCAAAGGGCAAGAGCAGACAAACUGCAGUCAAGUUAUUCGAAGAGUGCUACACUGCAUUAACAAAGGAAAAAUUUUAUGCUGCUGCGAAGAGUAUGAGUAAUCUAAAGUUGGAUUAA